CCACAAGCUCGCCUCGCUCCUGGAUUUCUCAUCCAAACCUCAGCGACCGGGCAAUCCAACUCAUCGUCAAAUCGUACGAAGACAACGAGACCUACUAGACGCAAUAUCACAGAAGAUAACUGCGCGCUAUCUGCGUUCGAUUGAGGCCGCAGAGCAUUCAGUAGCUCUGCGCGGGGAGUUACCGAGCUGUCACCCAUCACGACUCGACUGCAACGAACAAACCAAUAGAAUAAUAAAGCACACAAAAUGCCGGAACAGCCGUCGUCGACGCUGCCCCCCAAGAGGCAGCAGGCCUCGGCGAUUGGCCGGGUCCUUGCGCUGCCGCCGCAGCUGCUCGAAAAGUACGGCGACUUCAUCACCAAGAAUGCCGGGCAGGUAUCGCAGAUUGAAAGCGCCCUGCGCAGUCUUACGUACAUCAUCCCAGGCCGCUUCCGAGAUGCCGAAAUCGCAUCCGAGUCCAUCCACUCCGGCGUCCAGCUCCUCACCAUGUACCACGACAACCUCCUCGAAAACGCCGUGUCCAAGCUGCCCGUGGCGCCCAUCCGCACCGCCCAUGCGCGCUACACGCGCUUCUGGACCGACAAGUCCAAGACGUACCGCCGCAUAGCGACCGUCCUGCAAAUGGUCAUGUACACUGAACUCCUGUGCGAAAUGUCCGCCAAGCGCCGCGGCGGCGAGAAGCGGCGCUGGCAUGUCGUGGUUCUCAUUGAGGCUAUCAAGGCCGUCUGUCGGCUGCUCCUCAUGCGCACAACGAACUCGCGGCAGCUUGUUAGUCCUGCGCUGCCGGAGCGCGAACCGAUUCCAGAAUCCUCGGAUGAUGAGGCAGAGGAUGGCCAGCCGACGCCGGAGAGCCAGAGCGAGUUUAUGAUGAUGGAUGAUCUGUCGAGUUCGACGCUGCUCAAGGCGCCGCAUGAGAAGGACUGGGCUAUGCCGCGCACGGGUAUGAGUAUGCCCUCGCUGCCUAACUCGUCAGAUAUCGGCGGCUACUUGGUCGGCAGGGUCUUGACAGCUGAUGACAUUCGCCCGGCGACGAAGCUGCUGAACCGCCUGCGUGGCGGAAGCCAGGCUGCUGAGGUACUGCAUAUCCUUGCGCCGCUGGUGUAUGCCGUGCUGCUAAUGCGCAGCAAGAACAAGAAGUCAUGGACGCCGUGGAUUGCCGGUCUGGCUGUCGAGUACGCUGCUCGCCAGCUCCGUGAUGUAGGCGGCACGCGCAUGACGGCCCUCGAGCGAGACGAGUGGCAGCGCCGCGGCUGGGCCAUGGGCUGGUGGGCUAUGCGCGGUGCCUUUUACGAAAACGUCACAAAGGGCAUCGUGGGCGGCGUCACCAGACGUAUGCCGGGCUUCAUUGGCGGCAUCAUGGACGACUAUGCGUACCUCUGGGAGAACUACUACUUUGCUACGAGCGCAUAAACGUAGCCGACAGACAGACAGACAGACAGGCGCUGCAAAGCUACGGACUGACUGUGAACCAAACUGCCAUUGCCACAUCAAGUGGCCAUCAGAGAGACAAAGAAGUGUUAACUCGGCCUACAGAUGUCGGACAUGCUAUAAUGAUCUAUCACAAUGGAGAUACUGCUUCCACACGCAACUCGCUAAAUAUCUAGGGCGGUGCGUUUAAACACGCCCCGAUGACGAUGAGGCGUUGCCGAGGACAUGCGUGCCCUGCUGAAAUCUAGGCAGCAGGAUUAAAAAAAUUUAAAAAAAGAACACACAUACGAAGAAGAAAACGACAAAGCGCAGCCACCGAGCUCGGGCGUAAGGUUGAGUUUCGGGGACGGCGAAGAGCGAGAAGGAUAGAGGAGAAGAAAUCCGCCCCGAAGAAGAAAGGACCGCGGAACACCUGUACAGUAGACCAACACAUUGGCAUUGGCAUUAGCAUAUUUUCCUUUUCGUUUUCGCGUUUAGCAAGGUAUAUACGACCAUGUACAACAUGAUACAAAUAGCCCGUUCGCCGUGACCGUGACCGCAACGUGCUGCCUACC